AUGUGGUCGAAGAUCAGAGCUGCCUAUAGGAGGCACUGCCCGCACGGGAAGGACAUGCUGUUCGUCACUAUCACGUUACUGCUACCAAUCCUGGCAUCUGCGCAACCACGCACCAACGUAACUCUUGGGUCGUCCCUCGUUGCAAACUCUGCCAAUUCAACGUGGCUCUCUCCUUCUUCUGAAUUUGCUUUCGGAUUCCAGCAGACCGCUCCCAAAGGCGGCUACUUGCUCGCCAUCUGGUUCCAUCAAAUACCAGAAAAAACUAUCAUCUGGUCCGCCAAUCGCGACGAUCUAGCCCCUGAGGGUUCACGACUCCAGCUUGCAGCAAACGGGAGGCUCCAGCUCACCGAUCCCAGCGGCCGACAGAUCUGGGCCGCAGGGUCCGGCAACACUUCCUACGCCGCCAUGCUCGACACCGGUAACUUGGCGCUCUUCAACGCUGCUUCGGCGACGGCAAGCCUCUGGCAGACCUUCGACCAACCCACGGACACGUUAGUCCCAACCCAGAUACUCAAUCAAGGCGGAGUGCUGGUCUCGAGCUUCUCCGACAAAAAUUUCUCUGGUGGAAUAUUCAUGUUGGCAAUGCAGAACGAUGGGAAUCUUACGUUGAACACUAGAAACAUCCUAAUGAGUUCCAGUUCCAACGGCAACGUGGGUAUUGGAGGUUACUGGACCGCAGGAAAGAAGGGCAUUGGUUCCCGCCUUAUCUUCAACGAAACCGGAUACUUUAACCUCGUUACACAAAACGGGACUCUGCUCAGCAAUCUCUUCUCGAUCCUCGGAGCUCCAACGACACAGUAUUACCAGAGGCUGACGCUGGAAUACGACGGCGUUCUGAGGCAUUAUAUCUAUCCCAAGUCUGAUAAUUGGACUGAUGGGCGGCCCAUGGCGUGGUCCGUUAAGGACAGUUUACCUUCGGAUAUAUGCAUUCAAAUAAGACAGGGUAUAGGCGGAGGUGCUUGUGGUCUCAAUAGUCUCUGCUCCAUGGGAACCGAUCAACGCCCGCAAUGCAGCUGCCCCUUCGGUUACUCUCUCAUCGAUCCUAAUGACUUGUUGGGUGGAUGCAAGAAGGAUUUCCUUCCGCAGAGCUGCGAUCCAGAAUUGCAGGAGCAGGAGCAGAAUCUCUUCAUUUUCAAGGACAUUCCAAAUGCGGAUUUUCCUGGCGGUGACUAUGCAGGUUACUUCCCCGUCUCGGAGGACUGGUGCCGACAGCAAUGUCUCGCUGAUUGUUUCUGUGAUGUUGUUGUAUUCAGAAAGGUAAACUGUUGGAUGAAGAGAUUCCCUUUUUCUAACGGGAGGACCGGAGUUAUGGGUAAGGCUUUGGUAAAGGUGAGGGCCAGAAACGCCACCCUUUUGGAUUCUCGCGGGAGUAGGCCGGGGAAGAGGAACAGACCCGGCCUGAUCAUAGCCGGUGCAGUUUUGUUGGCCACUUCUGUGUUUCUCUACGUAGUUUUGUUUGCAUCAAAGCUGUUCUUGGUAGGAAAGAAAUCGAAAAAGAUGGUAGAUGAAGGUAGAAAAGGUUAUCCCGGACUCAACAUUAGGUGCUUCAGUUUCAAGGAGCUGGAAGUAGCCACCAAUGGUUUCAGCCAAGAGUUGGGCAAAGGCGCUUACUCAACAGUUUACAAAGGGUCUCUCAUCGACGAAAAUGGAAAGAUGGUCGCCGUGAAGAAGUUGACUAGAAUGGCAGAGGAUGUAGAUCAGGAAUUCAAAGCCGAAGUGAGCUCGAUCAGCAGAACCAACCACAAGAACCUAGUCCAGCUGUUGGGGUACUGCGAUGAGGGCCAAAAUAGGCUUCUGGUGUACGAGUAUAUGAGCAACGGCUCUCUCGCCAACGUGCUAUUUGCUGACUCAUUGAAGCCGAACUGGCACACUAGAUUGCAGAUUGCAUUCUCGGUUGCAAAAGGCAUCUGCUAUCUGCAUGAGGACUGCAGCAUGCAGAUCAUACACUGCGACAUCAAGCCUCAAAACGUGCUCUUAGAUGAUGCUCACACUGCAAAGAUAUCCGAUUUCGGAUUAGCCAAGCUUCUUAAGGCCGAUCAGACAAGGACCACGACUGGGAUAAGGGGGACGAGAGGGUAUGUUGCACCAGAGUGGUUCAGAAACAUGCCUAUAACAGUCAAAGUGGAUGUUUACAGCUAUGGGGUGCUGCUGCUGGAGCUGCUGUGCUGCAGGAAGAAUUUUGAUCCGGAUAUUGAGGGCGAGAGGAGGAUUCUUAGCGACUGGGCUUAUGACUGCUGCUGUGACGGAACAGUGGAGGAGAUGGUGGUGGAGGAUGAAGAGAUGAGAGAUGACAUGAUGAGGUUUGAGAAAAUGGUGAAGAUAGCAAUGUGGUGCAUUCAAGAAGAUCCAGAGUUGAGGCCACAGAUGAAAAGAGUUGUUCAUAUGCUUGAAGGUUCGGCUCAAGUGCCGCCGCCUCCGGAUCCUUCUACUCCACUUCUCUAA